AUGGGUCGAACCAUAGAUGCGGAUGACUACGGCCGACGCGAGCGUGGAUUAAGCGUCCUGUUCUGGCAGUUCGUAACCCACUUAAAGGAUUACUGUGCCAAUUGCACACUGUCCGGUUUCGCUUACAUUGCAAAUUCCAGGCUGCAUUACACAGAGCGCGUCUUUUGGCUGGCUUGUGUGGUCAUUUCUUCUCUGGGCUGCUAUAUUCUGAUCGUGGACUAUCAACGGGAUUUUCCCUCACGAGCUGUCAGCAUUGUUUACGAGAGUCUGCCACCGUUUUCAACCUGGAAAUUUCCCUCUGUCAGCGUCUGCGAAUGCAUCCACAAGUAUAUACUUGUUAAGAAAUUGGAGCAGUACAUUGGGAGUUUGGGUGGCGACCUGGACGGGGAUUACCCUUACGAUGUGGAGGUCGGCUUAUCGACUAUUCUAUUUCCCCCAACAUACAACGAGGGCUCACUGAAGGGCACGUGCCCUACCGUCAGGAAAUGCCCUACAUGUGCAUUGUGCCCUAAUGGGAACUUUCGUCAAAUCCUUAAUUGGUAUGGAGCCAACUGCUCGGACGUAUUGGUCGAGUGCAAGCUCUCCGGACAGGCCUUCGACUGCUGUCGGUACUUUCGGCCUCUGCUCACGCCCUUUGGCCGCUGCUUUAUGCUCAAUUCGCUGCAGAACAACAACCCAGGCUCGAAACACUGGCUAAACACCGAUUUGGAUCCGGCCUAUCAGGAGGCUAGGCUGGAGUUGAUUAUGAAUAUGGCGGUACAGAUUCAUGUGUUAAAUGCGGAGGAUAUUCCGCACACGGCAUUCGUGCCUCCAGGAGUUCUUCUCACGAUGCCGGGGCAGGGAAAGUUGAUCCAAAUUAACCAGGUGAGAAUAGUAAAUGAUCCGGAUGUCAAGGAGGUCGAGCCAAAGAUCCGCAGCUGCCUUUUCCCGGACGAGAACCCGCCAUCCAGCGUAUACAGGGCCUAUAGCUUUAGCACCUGCAUCACCGAGUGCGCCAGAAAAAUCCAAAUUGAAGCGUGCGGAUGCGCAUCGUUUUUAAUGAAUCCGACGGCCGAUCCACGCUACCCGGACUGCAAUCUUGAAGGUUUCUUGUGCUUGGAGGCAAAUAGUCUGAUGAAGCCGGAUUCUAAGCUGCUAAAGAAUAACAACAAGGGCAAUAAGGAUAGUUGCGGUUGUCUGCCGUCCUGCAACGAUGGCGACAUUCAAGCCAUUUAUGAGGGCCAUUCCACAUUUAACAGGAACACACAGCUUCGCAACGUAACAAUAUCUAUGCCCGCCUUGCCAACAGAUCAAUUUCGGCGACAGGCGAUUCGCACGCGUCUGGACGUGGUGGUCUCCAUGGGCGGCAUGCUGGGACUUUUCCUGGGGGCCAGCAUCCUCAGCGCCAUCGAGUUUGUCUACUAUUUCACGGUGCGACCCCUGACCAACAUGCUGCGGGCACGCUCAGCUCGUGCGUAA